AAUUCCAUUAUUAUUUGAUGCCCUCUUUCUUCCUUCCUCUCUCCUCAACCCUGUCUUGUCUUCAACGUCUUUUCUUCUGUUCCCUACUUACUUUCCUACUUAACCUCAUAGACCAGAAAGACCGAGUCCAUUUUCAGGUCCAGUUUCAAAAUGAACCAGGAAAUGAAUGGGGUUGAAGCUGAGAGGUAUCAGAAGGAGAAUCUCAGCAAUGGUCAUCAUGUUCAGGAGAAGAUAGACUAUGUGUUCAAGGUGGUGGUUAUUGGAGACUCAGCUGUGGGGAAGACUCAGAUACUGUCGAGGUUUACUAAGAAUGAGUUUUGCUUCGACUCCAAGUCUACUAUUGGGGUUGAGUUUCAGACCAGGAGUGUCACUAUUAGAGGGAAACUCAUCAAGGCCCAGAUCUGGGAUACUGCUGGCCAAGAAAGGUAUCGAGCUGUUACAAGUGCCUAUUACAGAGGUGCACUCGGGGCAAUGCUGGUAUACGACAUCACCAAGAGGCCGACGUUCGAUCAUGUGGCUAGGUGGGUCGAGGAGCUCCGGGCACAUGCGGACAGCUCGAUCGUGAUCAUGCUGAUCGGGAACAAGGCUGAUCUCGGGGAUCAGAGGAAUGUUCCGACUGAAGAUGCAGUCGAGUUUGCUGAGGAGCAAGAGCUGUUCUUCUCUGAGACAUCGGCCUUCAGCGGCAACAAUGUGGACAGUGCAUUCUUUAGGGUACUAGAGGAGAUAUACAGUAGAGUGACGUCUAAAAAAGCACUGGAAUGUGGGAAUGGGAAGAAGCCCAUUGAUGGGAUUGGAGCAAAAAUUGAUGUCAUUUCUGGGUCUGAUUUGGAAAUUAGCGAGAUGAAGAAGUUGUCUGCUUGCUCUUGUUGAUCCAGUGUCUUGUUCUUAUAAGAACGAUUAUCAAGCAGCGAUAUAUGCAUGUACUACUUUUUUGUGUUAUUAUCUUGGACUUUGGACAAUUCUACUGUGGCAGGCAGUGGCAUAUUUUUUUUACUAGAUUCUUAUUGCCAUGCACAGAAAGUACUAGUACUAAAGUAUUUGAACUAUAAACCGUAGGAUGAAGCAUUUUUAUGUUGCUUACAAGUUUAGUUGUAUGGGAUUAGGAUGUACCGAUGUGUAUAAGCAUGAUAUAUCUAGUUAUUUGAAUCUA